CCUUUCAGGGAGCAGAGGAUACUCUGCCAGAGUUGGAUCCUGCCUUCGCGCUGAGGAGGCCUCAUUCCCGGAUCAGGCUUGACCGGGCUAAGCCCCAGAGAGUUCUAAGAAGUUGGAUGUAGAAGUUCUUCAUAAUUGACUUCUUGUACAAAUCUAGUUUCCUGAUUCUACUUUAUAUUCUGUAAUCAUGGACUUGUUUAUGUGACCUUCCAUGCUCAUAACAAAUCAACUGGCCAGUCUUCUCCCUUUUCUUGAAGAUUAAUUAGUUACACUGGAUAUGCGAUAUGCUGCUCUUCUUUAUUGUGGGAUUGCUCGUACAUUUUGUGUUCUUUGCCUCCAUCUUUGACAUUUAUUUUACAUCUCCUUUGGUUCAUGGGAUGGCUCCUCAGUUUCCGCCAUUGCCCGCUCCAGCAAGAAGACUAGUGCUCAUUGUUGCUGAUGGGCUGCGGGCAGAUGCCCUUUAUAAAGUUGAUGAAAAUAGAAAUUCUAGAGCACCAUUUAUUAGGAAUAUCAUAAUGCAUGAAGGCAGCUGGGGGAUAUCUCAUACACAUGUGCCAACAGAAUCUCGGCCGGGUCAUGUAGCCCUGAUAGCUGGGUUUUAUGAAGAUGUUAGUGCAGUUGCCAAAGGAUGGAAAGAAAAUCCUGUAGAAUUUGAUUCUCUUAUCAAUGAAAGCAAGUACACAUGGAGCUGGGGAAGCCCAGAUAUCUUGAAUAUGUUUGCCAAAAGUGUAGGAAACCAUGUUUUUGCAUAUAGUUAUGAUGCUAACAAUGAGGAUUUUGGUGCCCAGGAUGUUACAAAACUGGAUACAUGGGUUUUUGAUCGUGUUAAGGACUUCUUUCAUGCUGCUAGAAACAACCAGUCUUUGUUUUCUAAACUAAAUGAAGAAAAAAUCGUUUUUUUCUUACAUCUAUUAGGAAUAGAUACAAACGGACAUGCCCACCGACCAACAUCGAGGGAAUAUGAGGACAAUAUUAAAAUAGUUGAUAAUGGAAUUAAAGAAAUUGUGGCCCUGAUUAAAGAGUUUUAUGGAAAUGAUGAGAAAACGGCAUUUGUCUUUACCUCUGACCACGGAAUGACAGACUGGGGUUCCCAUGGGGCUGGUCAUCCUUCAGAGACCUAUACUCCUUUUGUCACUUGGGGAGCUGGAAUCAAGUACCCCCAAAAAGUACCAGCUCAACAGUUUAAUGAUGCAUAUUUGAAAGAAUGGAAAUUGGAGUACUGGAAGAGGCAAGAUAUCAAUCAGGCUGAUAUUGCACCAUUGAUGGCUUCUCUCAUCGGAGUUCCCUUUCCCCUCAAUUCAGUGGGAAUCCUUCCUGUGGAUUAUCUUAACAACACUGAUGUCUUCAAAGCAGAGAGCAUGUUUACAAAUGCAAAACAGAUUCUUGAACAGUUCAAGGUGAAAAUGACUCAGAAAAAGGAAGUUACUUUACCAUUUUUGUUUACACCAUUUAAGUUGCUUUCCGAUUCUAAACAGCUCGACCUUUUAAGAAAAGCAAGAUCUUAUAUAAGACAGGGAAAGUAUGAUGAAGCAGUCUUCCUUUGCAAGGAGCUGAUUCAUCUCUCACUGAAAGGAUUGUCCUAUUAUCAUACUUACGACAGAUUCUUUUUAGGCAUCAAUGUUCUGCUUAGUUUUGUGGGAUGGGCAUCUUAUACCUCUUUGUUGAUCAUCAAGUUUCAUUCCAGCCUUAGCAGAGGUGUUAGUAAAGAAGUUAAGAAACCAAGUCAUCUCCUGCUGUGUAGUUUUGUGGCUAUUGGCAUUUUAAUGGCGUUUUUCCUGCUGAUUCAAGCCUGUCCCUGGACUUAUUAUGUGUAUUGUUUGUUGCCAGUGCCUAUAUGGUAUGCGGUUCUAAGGGAAUACCACGUUAUUCAAGACCUUGUCGCAUCACUGUUGGCCUUUCCCCCAAGUCAUUUUGUGGGAUACCUGUUAGCCUGUGCCCUGGGAAUUGAAGUAUUGGUUCUCAGUUUUUUCUACCGUUACAUGCUUACUGCUGGACUUAUUAUAUUUGCGGGUUGGCCAUUUAUCACUCAGCUGUGGACUCGCGCAAAGAGCAUCUCCCUGAGUUGGAUCUUCUUCUGUUUGCUCCUGGCAGUAUUCCCAAUGAUGCCUGUUGUGGGACGAAAGCCAGAUAUCUUCCUAGUAAUGGGUGCAGGCCUGCUGGUCCUUCUGCUGUCCCUGUUUGUUGUACCAUCUCUCAUAAAAAGAAAAGAUGGUUUUGUAAGUGACAAGCUAUUUUUACAUCUGUUACAGAUGCUGGGCACAGUGCUUUCCAUGUAUAUUGUGUAUAGCACCCAUAAUAACCUACUUAAGAAACAAGGACUUCCUCUUUUUAAUCAGAUUGUUAGCUGGAUAAUAUUAGGCUCCUCCUUCGUCGUGCCCCUGCUGAGUCCCCGGAGCCUGUCCGAGCGGCUGUUCAGCAUACUCGUCUCCUCCAUGUCCACCUACCUGCUGCUGAGCACCGGGUACCAGCUGUUUCUAAACCUUCUGUUAGAGUGGUAUGAAGCCCUCUUUCCGCUAGUACUGUCGUGUUUGAUGUUCAUCUGGAUGCACAUGGAGCAGGAAAUCCUGCAACUCUCUGGUGUUCCCUGUGUGCAGAAGGUCACCAGUAUCCAUUUCUCCUACAAUGCUGAUACAACCCCGUUUCGACAGCUCUGUCUGGAAGACAUCCGUAGGGCCUUUUUCCUUGUUUUCUUCUUAGUGACUGCAUUUUUUGGAACUGGGAAUAUAGCUUCCAUUAACAGCUUUGAUCUUGCCUCUGUCUACUGCUUUCUGACCGUGUUUAGUCCUUUUGUGAUGGGAGCCCUGAUGUUGUGGAAGAUUUUUAUCCCCUUUGUUCUUGUGAUGUGUGCUUUUGAAGCCAUUCAGUUAACUACCCAGUUAUCAUCAAAAAGUCUGUUUCUCAUGGUUCUCGUCAUAUCUGACAUUAUGGCUUUGCAUUUUUUCUUCUUGGUGAAGGAUUAUGGCAGCUGGCUUGAUAUUGGAACAAGCAUCAGCCACUACGUGAUUGUCAUGUGCAUGACCAUCGUCUUGGUGUUUCUCAACGGCCUGGCACAGCUGCUUACGACAAAGGAACUCAGACUCUGUGGCAAACCCAAAAGCCAUCUCAUCUGAUGCUGCCGAAGCUGUCGUUCCACAUCUGGAUCCUCUUUCUCAUUCUCCUUUUAAAGGGAAAGCUUAUCAUGGAUUCAGCAAGAAGAUGGGUUUGAUGUUUGGCACAUCCUAUUCCUGUAAAGAAAAUCACGUGUGGGAUUCUG